AUGCCGCUCCGACGGGCCUCUGGUCACACAUCCUUUAAUUCACCCGCCGGUCGCGUUCGCUCGGUAGACAUUCAGCAUGCCGACAACCCUUCCCUCCACGACGGCGGGGGACAACUUACAAGGCCAGAAAUGAUAUCGGGCGAGCAGAGGGUGGUCCAGACGCUCGUAAAGCGUUUGGUUGAUAAACUGCCAUGCAAUUCCGGUAUCAAACUCGCCAUCUUGGAGAAUGACGAAGGUAUCAAGACGACGGUCGAGAGCUUGCUCCAGAUCUCCCGACUGCAACUCUCGGUCGUCGCACACACGCUGGCCAGUGCCCUCGACACCCUUGCCAAGCUGUAUGCCGCUGUGCCCCUCGUCGACGUUCCGCUGGACACGAUUCAAUCUCAGCUCUUCAUCCUUCACAUCCUGUUAAUGUGCCUUUCCGAGUCAUGGCGCAUCAACACUGCAGCCUCCCCAUACCAGCCAUCAGAACUUCCGCAAUGCUGGCCAGAUCCCGCUCCUUUGGACGACAACCUCGCGCGCCAUCUCCUCGGCAUCUUGGUUUCCUACACUCGCUUGAUCUCGCAAGACAACAGUGGGCAGUUGGGGAUCCCAGUGCCGCUGUCUAGCAAGGACGGGAAGUCGGCUUCCAGCUCAACAGUCAACUCGUGGAACCGACAAGUCAGCCCGAGCUCGACUGCCUUCUCUCUUGGUGCUCAGUUCAUUCAGCAGCACUCGUACCCAGCAGCGUCAGGAAAGGCCCCUCCUCCGGUCUCCGAGUCUCUGUUAGCGCCAACAGCGUCCACAACGGCGACCGCAAUUGCCCAGGUGACCAGGUACACGGCCCGCAUCAUCUUCUUCCUCUCGGCUUCCAACUGGCCCUUGGUUCUGUCGCGUAUCAAGGCCAGGGUGGCCCACCUGACGACGACUCUGGAAGAAAAUCCAGAGCUGAUCGAGUUGCGGCUCCUCGAAUGGUCCAAUGUCGACUUCUCUCGUCUCGCGCAGGUGCUCCAGGACUGGCAGCAGCCGAUCCAGCAUGUCAAGCGUCCGGCCCAGACUGCUUUGGCAAAUGCGUUGCGGAAAGCCAUCUGGAACUGGAUCGAUGUCUACCCAUACGAGUACCAGCAGCUCAUUGAAGGCAAACGCAAGCUUGACAGCGCUGAUAUCAUCUUCGAGGCCAUCUCUGGCUCGAGCGAGGCUUCGGCCAGUGGCAAGCGCGGCAAGACGUACUACCCAUUCCUGGCCAUGUUGCUCGUCCUCUCGCCCGACUCGCUUCGAAAGGUCGCUCUGGGCGAGACUGGCCGAACAAGCGGCUUGAGCAAGAAGGCCAAUUUCAUUGAAAGUCUUCGCAAGGGCUUGACACAGGCCAAGUCUUUCGAGGCUUGUGUCAUUUGUGCCGUCGAUCUGGUUCGCGCAGCCCUGUCGUGCAGCCCACGGCUUGAGGGCUCUGGUAUCAGGACUCUUCUACCAGACUUGCACAACGACCUCAAGAAUGCCCUCUUCUACUCGUCCUUGACAUCAGAAAUCACCGACGCCAGCGUGCUGGUGGAUGGACUCGUUGCCCUUUACCGCUACACCCCGAGCCUCACAACAUCCCUCAUCUUCCCGAAACUGUGGAACGACUCUGCGGACGCCUACAAGAUGAUUGGAGUGCGAGCCUGCACCAUUAUCGUGACAGAGGGCCAGCGCUUGCCUUGGUACCCGCCUGUCCACGAGCUGCGGCCAGAUGUUGCCCCAUCCGUCCGUGUCAUUCUCAAGUCCCAGACCAACGCGCUGAUAGGCAACAAAUCCAAGGGUCUGCCGAUUCGUGGAAGCAUUGACCUCACGGGAUCACAGACCGACUUGAUUUGGGAGGUUCUCAACCUGAUGGCUCUGGACCCGGCGUUCGCAUUCGAUGGCGCUGGUGACUCAAACGACACUCUGGGACAGACGUUGGUUGUCAUUUCGUCGUUGACAAGCACGCUCUGCCCCAUGACGAUUCGUGCACAGGCGGCCAAGACAAACAUUGCAAUCCUGGAGAGACUCCUCGACUCCAUGGGUGUUGAUGCUCCUCGGGCUGCUAUGGCUGCCAACUCGGCUGUCCCCAUCUGGCAGAUCCUUAUCGACGCCAGCCGACAGUUGCUUGUCGAUUUCCACAUGGGCAACGUGUCCGACCUCGCUCUCAUUGCAGGCGCAUUCCGGCAAACAGUGCUCACAGUCUGGAAGGCUGCGACGACGAUGCCCGACAUCAUGACCAAGGCACCAAACGCACGAGCAGCUGUUUUGGUUGCUAAAGUCGCCACGAUUACGAGCUUGAUCGGUCCAGAUGUCCAGCAGACAAACAUGGCGUCGCAGUCACUCCGUGCUCUCAGCAAGUUGGUCCUCCUCGUUCGGUCUGGUAUCAGCAAUAGCCAGGCCCAGCUGGACGAGAUUACGGAUCAUUCGACGAUGCUGGCUGAGCUCGCAAGUUUGCCUCCUGCCACUGGUCGCCAGCUGCAGCAACGCGCCAUCCGGAGGGUCAUCAAGCAGCACAUCCGUGCCUCCACCCUGCUCAGCACCAUCUGGAUUGGAUUGAAUGCCCGUGCUACGGCCCUUGCCGCCAAAAUCGCAAAGGCCGAGGCGUCUGAAAGCAACGGCGACCGCGACAGUCGCCGUCGAAUGCUGAGUGCUGACAUUGUCGGGCUGAACGAAGACGAAUCUAAGGAGUGGCAGAAUCUCAUCGCGUUCCUGUGCAGCACCAGCAGUGUCGCCCUUCAGGACAAUAUCGCCCCUGUCACUGUGACGGACACUCUGGGCAAAGGUGUCUUGCCCCGAGUGUACGAGGAGCCCAUCGACCUCACUGCGCAUGUGGAGUCGUUUAUCCGCCAGUCGGUCGACCUUUUGAUCAGCAGCUCUAUCCACGUUCGUGAAGCGGCCAAGGAUGCCCUGGGAACUGAGCUGCCUCUGGGCCUGAGCCGAGUCCUGAUUCUUCAGAUGACCAAGCUCUUGUCUCAUGCGUUCGUGCCCGGUGGUGUGGCCGCCUCUGAGACUUUCACGAUUUACGUCGACCAGGCCAUUGCUGUGCUCAAGUCGACAGUCGAGCGCGUUAGUCCUGGUGACAACGGCGUUCAGGUGGAAAUGGGCGAGCUCCUGUACCUGAUCGCCCAGUACACGCACCGAUUGGGCCGGGAGGACUACCAGAUGCGCAUCAAGCAGAGAUACUGCCAGCUCAUCGAGGUUGUGCUCAACAGGCCAGACUUUGCGAUCCUUGGCAACAACAACAAGCUCCGAAACGCUGUGCUCGAGUGGAUGUGCGAGUGGUCCAUCGAAUCGUUCAGAGACGGCGAGGGCAGCAAGAAUCUUGUGGGCAACGACAGGAUACAGCGGGAUCUCGACCACGCCUGUCUGCGGGCCAUGAUCCCCGUCACCGACAACCUGAUCAUCAAGCCACCUGGUGCCGAGUCGGAAGACACCCAGCUUGUUGUCAAAUCGCGUCUGUUCUACCGCUACUACCACAUGCUGGUGCGAGUCCUGGAGAGGUCUGCAAACUCGGCGGAGACCGAGUCUUCGCAUGUCGCCACCUCGGUCUCUGGUCUCAGCAUGAAGGUGUCCAACACGGAAACGUACCCCGCACUCGCCAUUCAGGUCUUGUCCAACCUCCUGUCCGCCAACAUCGACGUUGGUCUGAAGCACUGCCUGACGCUCGGCUACCACGACGACCCCACGAUCCGCACAGCCUUCAUGCAGCUGAUCUCCAACAUUCUCCAGCAAGACACUCGUUUCGGUGGUCUUGCAACCAAGACUGGCAUCACGGCACCCAAGGCCUACUUUGAAGCCCUCACUUCCCCAAACCUUGCAUUGGCCAUGGCAAUGUGCGACGUGUGCCCGCCCGGCGAAGUGGACGAAGUGUCAUUGAUGCUCUUCCGCGUUUUCGAGGCCAAGGGCAGCCUCCUGAGCUUGAUGAAGCUCCUCAUCGAACGCGAGGUGUCUCAGACCAGUACGUUAUCUCACUGUGGUAUUGCCAGAGCUAACCGCGCAUUAGACCACGAGUCCGAGCUGUUCCGCGCCAACUCGAUCACGACAAGACUGCUCACCAUGUUUGGUCGUGCGUACGGCUACAACUACUGCCGAUCAACAUUACAACCACUUAUCCACCACUUGGAGGAGAAGCCACCAGAGUGCUCGUUUGAGCUGGACCCGUCCAAGGUUCCCGAGGAGGAGAUUGGCCGCAAUGCCGAGCACCUUCGGCUCAUGUGCCAGGCACUUCUCGAGGUCAUCUACACGUCUGCGGACAACGCCCCGGUCAUGUUCAAGGCACUCUGCCAUCACAUCUGGGACUCUGUCGAGGACCGUUUCCCCGACUCGCGUCACUCGGCGGUCGGUUCGUUCCUGUUCCUGCGCUUCUUGUGCCCUGCCAUCGUUGCCCCUGAGGCCAUGGACCUGGACGUCAACCCCGACACUAGGGACACGCGCCGUGCGCUGCUGCUGAUCACCAAGGUCGUGCAGAACUUGGCCAACAAUGUCCUGUUCGGCAACAAGGAGGCCCACAUGAAGGUGCUGAACCCGUUCCUGUCUGAGAACAUUCGACAGGUCACAAAGUUCCUCUCAGAGCUGGCAGUCCGGCCAAGGAGUUGGGAGGUGGCGCAGGCCAUCAAGACCUUCCAAGAGGAGGCGGAGCGCAACCUCGACACGGACGGUGACAACAUGCUAAUCCAGCGAUUCGUCUUCAGGCACAUUGCUCGCUUGGAAACUUCGCUGGAGAACAUGCCGCAAACGUUCCGCGGGCGGUCAAACGAUCGCAACAUUCGUCUCGAGCUCGACGGCAGAGCUGCGGCCGCAUCGCUUCGCCUCCUUAUGGAGGAGACUGGCCCGCCCGUCGACUUUACUCGCCUGAGCUCGAACGCACGCAACCAGGUCUUUGACGACUUUAUGCGCCACAAUGCCGACCGAAGCACCGAGAGCGUCGAUGGCGUCUUCUACGAAGGCCCUGCGAACCAGAACCAGAGACGAAUCUUCUACUUCAUCGUCUCGCGUGUCACAUACAUCGACUAUGAUCUCUUGGCGUACCACAUCUUCUCCAAGAUUGCGAACAUUGCCGAGCCUUUCGACCUUGUCAUCGACUUGACCGAUUUCUCGCCGUCCACCGAGUUGCCUUCGGCCUGGCUUCGCCGUGCCAUCCAAAUGGCUCCGCCGUCGCUGUGGGGCCACGUCGCGACCAUCGCGCUGUACAACCCCAACUCGUACGCCCGCAAGCGUGUGCGCCGCAUCAUCGCCGAGCUUCCAGCUGUCGGCAACGGCUUUACGAAGAACAUUGUUGGAGCUAGCAGCCCUGCCGAGCUCGCCGAGUUUGUUCCGUUCACGACGCUUAUGCUUCCGGAGCAUACGCUGGCGCUUGCCUUUGAAGCCGACCAUGUCUUCACCAACUUGCUCUGGCUGGCUGACCACGAAAGCCAGAUGCCAGUCGUCGUGAAGCUGGGCGACGAUUGCCUCCAAGUGGCCUCGUGGCGCAAGCAGGACAUUACUCCUACCGUCAAGUCAUACAUCAUCGACGUCGUCAACCUCAAGGACGUCAACGACGUUAUCCUUGGUCAAGGCGCGGGAGCAGGCGUGGGAGGGGGGCCAGCCUCAGACCAGCUUGUGGUCAAGCACUCUCAGAACCAAACGGUCACGUUCAUCUCGCGUAAGCGUGGCGAGAUGGCGCAGAUCAUCCGCUCGGCACGCAGUCGCCUCCGAGAGUCGCCAUCGACGGAGGACCGUGUUCUCAGGCCCAGCGACGUCCCAGGCACUCUGUUGAAUGUCGCGCUCCUGAACCUUUCGUCGAAUGACGAGACGUUGCGCAUGGGGGCGUACGGUCUUGUUCACGAGCUCUCUCAGUUCUUCAAGUUUGACCUGUCGUCUCUCGUCACCCCGGUGUCCGCCGGCCUCCUCAUUCCUGGAAACUCGCUCGAGUUCGUCUACAAGCUUAGCAAGCUUCUCGCCAGCUCGGCGCCGAACCUCACCCUCGAGUUCCUCAAGGAGUGGAUCAUUGGCUUCACAAAGGCAGACCUGCCUCAGAAGACGGCCUGCCUUCACUACGUGCCCCCUUGGCUUGCCAACCUGGAACUGUUCGCCAAGCCGACUCGAGACGACGGCGUUGAACCUAUCAAGCAAGUCAUCGAGAUCAUCCGCAACUUGAUUUCGUUGACGGCAACGGAGAAGAAGCGCCUCCACCUGUCCUUCCAAGAGCACGUCUGGAGCGUUAUCGGCAAGUCCCACGACGCUCUGGUUGAUCUCGUGGUCUCGGAGCUGCUUAACUAUGCCUUUGCUGCCGGACCUGGCUCGGAGAGAGCGGAGAACGCUGCCGAGAUUCUCGUCUCGCUCAGCUCUACUGCUGUCAAGGGCAAGCUCAUUGUCCGUCUGCGCAAGACCAUUUCGCAGACCUACUCUACGCCUACCAACAACCUCACCGAGAACAAUGCGUGGACUGAGAUCAUCAUUCUGGCGCGCCUCAACCUCGCGCUCACGUUCAGCCCGCAGUCGCCUCUCGAUACGCAGGUCUUCCUUCCGGAGCUCCUGUUCUGUAUUGUGCUCCUCGCCGGAGUCGGCCCCGUUCUCAUGCGGCAGACAGUCUAUGGCUUGACCAUGAGCAUUGUUCAGUCCUUGUCGAUUUCAUUCUCGGGUGGCGACAUGGACACAACCACACUCCACCACCUGCUCAAGAGACUGCAGCAACCCGAGAUGAUCAACGCAUUCGGCCUCCAGCAGAUGGCGUACAACUUUGAGCUCUCGGGUCUCUCCCAGAACGACCAGUAUGGCAAUUUGUACCUCGACUCGCUCGACCUCGUUAUCAAGUUCUUGAUGGACGUCCUCUCGGCUGGUGCGCCGACUACCGACUGCGCCAACGCCUGGCGCGCUCGCUGGACCGGCUUGAUCGCCUCGACCGCCUUCCAGCACAACCCUGCCACGCAGUCGCAGUGUUUCCUUGCCCUCGGCCACCUGGCGAGCGAGGAGGCUGACGACGACCUAGUCUUCCAGACUCUUGGCUCCCUCAGGACCAGCGUUCACAAGCUCAACGAGACCAACACGGUUCACGUCAUAUCAGUGCUUCGCAGUCUGACGAGGCUGCUACCUGGCUUGUCACGUCGCAGCAAGUACCCUCCAAUCUUCUUCUGGCUUGCAGUUGGCCUCAUGGAGGUGUCGUACAUCCCCAUCUUUGCGCCAGCCCUCGAGCUGCUUCUCAGCACCCUUCGGCACAUGGAGGGCGAGGGCUUGUUCGCCAACGGCAUCUUCGAGUACCUCCUUCCUGUGCGCCGCCGGUACAUUGAGGCUGCGCGCAACCUCGACCAGGUGUGCGGCGUGAGCUUUGACACGAACCCGUACUUCUCCCUCGUGGCGGUUGUCUACAAGGGUGUUCGCCAUCCCAACACGCGCAAGCUUACGAUUGUGACUCUGACCGAGUUGCUGCGACUCUCGAGCUCAAUUCGUCUCGAGCCGAUCGAGGAGGAUGCGCCAUUGAUUGGGUCGCGCAGCGUUGCGUUCUUCACCUCCCUGCUUCCCAUUGCAGCCGCGCAGGCGAGCGACCUCAAGGGGCUGUUCACUGCCGCUGGUGUCGAUGUCGCCGAGGAGGAGUUGCGUGACCUGUCGACGUUGUCGGUCUUUGACCUCUUGAGCAUUCCGGACAACUCGACUGCUCUACUUCUUGUCACUCUUAUUGUGACCAUGCUGCACUCGGCAAGCACCGACACGGAGCGACUUGUUCUUUACAGACUGCUGGCCGAGGCGAGCAUUGAGAUGCCCGAUGUCGUGGCUCUUGCCUACGACUCGUUGAUCCCCCGAAUGGCGGGUGUGAUGGGCUCGACAUCGUCGACUGCGAUUCUGUCGGCCGUCACGGUCAUCAUGGAGCGAGCAAUGGCAGACGCGUCCUACUCGUUCGCGCCGGUACCGAUUGCGGGCAACGAGUCGACGCAGUCGCUCCACCAAAAGAACUUCUCGACGUCGAUCAACAACUCUGCUGCGCCGAUGCCUGUGGUGACUCCCCACGGCACGCGCGAGCAGGUGCUGGACGACCUUGGCAUGAGAGGUCUGAACGACAUGUCGUUCCAGCCCGGCUCUGCCGACCGCCUCACUGGCAUUGGCAACUGGGUUGGGCAGCUCAUUGAGGCUAUCUGCGAGGUGCCAAAGUGAUGCGCCAGUUGAUGUGGCACACCCAUCUAGUAAUACCCCAUGCUCUCCAGGUUAUCCACCCGCGUUAUAAUACAAGCACCGGGGCGCUGCCUGCCCGGUUCUGUACCCCCCUGUACUCAAGUGAUUGAUACCCCCUUGUCCACGCGCCGCAGCAGCUCGCGGCUGGACCGUGAGCUGCUAAACUUUGCAGUGUGCUGUUGACCCUUGCGUAGUAGACCCCCCUGCCGUAGUAGUCAUACCUUUGGUUACACAAGUAUCUUGCAUUCAUUCACGAUGCGCGCG